AGUGCGAGACGCCGCACAAGCAACAUCGUGUUUCAUGCCGCGUCCUUUUGCCUUUAUAAUCUAUCUUUCCCACCACGAUUCCUCGAUCGUUGUCCUUUGAAGUUUCGUUACACCUUGAGGACUAGUUCCGGGAACGAUCGAAAGUGCGCAACGAACAAAACGGACGACAAGCUUGUUUACGCGGGAAUUGUCAAGAAACCUGGGCUCUCUCAGCUCGGUGUAUUAGACCCUCCGAGCCCCAAGGGCGAAUACUUGGGCAAGAAACGACAACACGGUGAGAGAGAGUUGUGGAAUAUUUCCAAACUGUUCCUCUUCUGCUCCUCAAUUGCAAAGAAUCGUGGCAGACGUCGCAACAAGUCAUCGGACAACGUCGGUUACCGCCGUUUUCUUCUUCCUUCCUGCGUGCAUUGUCCUUUUCCGGUUCGGCUAAUCGUUCCGUUAUUCGUUACGAGAAGAGAACAGUCGACUACAGCGGUCAGUGAAAAGUGUAUCGGCGAAGGGUUUCGGUUGUUGGCUGGCGUUUACGGCCAACCUGUUAGUCAUGUGGGAACGGUAAAAACCGCUCGGGCAGGAACUGUGGAAGAGCAGUUUCUCGGAAACGGCCGUCGGAAUAAAUGACGAUGUUGGCGAAGCUCGUCCCUCGUUGCUGAGCAAGGAUACUUACGCGCUGUUUUUUUUUUUUUUUCGACAAUCGUCCGUCUGAUCGUUGGUUAUGUUUGCCUACCGAUUUCCCGAACGGUGCGUCCUUGCCUGUACACACGAGAUGACAUCGCGCUGGGAAACGUGUUCUCCCGAUCUUUUCAUCGCCACGUUCUAAGGACUGUUGCUGGAGACCGAAGCUAAGGUGAAGCGAAGAAAGAGGAAAUCGCUAACAAAUUUCUUUGUUGAUCACGGGAUCAUGAUUUUCGGAAGAUGGCGCAAUAGAGAAUCAGGGAUGAACGCGCUGCUGGCGAACGGUUUGCUAACGGUGGUCCUCGCGGCGGCGACGAUGCGCGGCACCGCCGUUCUCGGAUUUACCGGCGCGACGCUCGUUAUGGACCAGGACAUCCCCACGAGGAGCCACUGCAAGUACAGCAGAGCGUACUCGAUGAUUCAGGUGCGUUGCGCGAACCAGGGCCUCAGCGCGAUUCCCUCGAAUCUGAAAACGGAAAUUCAGAUCAUGGACGCGUCGGUGAACAGAGUGCGGUCGUUGACGAACGACAGCCUGUCGUCGUACACGAACCUGGCCUACCUCUACCUGGGCGACAAUUUCAUCCAGGAGAUCCAAGAGGGAGCGUUCGACAAUCUUCGAUACCUGAAGGUGAUCGACCUGUCGACGAACGGCUGCGACACAUUGCCGAAAAGUCUGUUCCGCCUGCCCUAUCUGCAGAAGGUCUACCUGGCGAACAAUCGGCUGGGCGACGACCAGUUCAAGGACGUGGCGGUGAGGUCUCCGCUCAUCUUCCUGCAGCUGUCGGAGAACAAGCUCGGCAAGAUACCGCAGCUGGGCCCGGUGCCGACGUUGAUGCACCUGAACGUCUCCGGCAAUAACAUUGUCACCGUCACCACGGAGGACCUGGCGCCCUAUUGCUCCCUCAAGGUCCUCGAUCUGUCCAGGAACCCGAUCAAAUUCGACGCCGGCAGCUGCGAGUGCGGGACGCUGAACGCGUGGCUCCGCUUGCGCGGGAUUCGCUCGCAGCCGGCUUACAACUGCACGGAGGAGCAGGAGAGAGGCGGAUGCAGCGCCAGCAGCAGCGAGUUCAGCAACAGAACGGUGGAGCUGUACGGCCGUUGCUCGGAGAUUCUGCGGCAGCAAGCGGCGACGGAGAAGGCGAGGAACACGUGGAUAUUGAUCGCCUGUUGCAUCGCCGGCUUCCUCCUCUGCCUGUUCGUCGGCCUGCUCUGCGUGCACAAGAGGAACAAACGGAGGAAGAAGAAGCUGAAGGAACAGCAGCGGCUGAACGCCAACAACGCCAACACCGAGCUGCUCAACAGCAAUUUGAAUCAGCCGGAGAACAACACCUGAAGCGCCGCGUAGUGGUCAGCAGCGGCAGUCGUUGUUUUUUUUCGACUACGUGGAAGAAGAGAAAGUACGCUGAGAGACAGAGAGAGAGAGAGAGAGAGAGAGAGCUUGCCCGAAACGAGAGAAAUAACGUGCUAAUUUUCCCCCGGGGGGGAGGAUGUGCUUGCGCCGUGACACGUCGAGUUAAAAACACACUAGUAGCGUGUAGGGGAGAUAGAUCGAACACGCAGGGAAAAAUUUUGUGUUGUUUGACGCUUCGAUACCUCGUGUUUAACCAGGGAAAACUUACUUUCGCCGACUAUCGACGAAGGAGAGGGGGUGAUUUAAACGAAUCGUCGUCCGUUCUUGUCUCUGUGCAAGAUAUACGAUGACGCAAGUUCCACCUCGUGGGAAUGUCAGGCACAUUAUUCUGGCACAUUUCAUUCGAAAAAUUCGCCGGUCGAUUUGACGAAAACGAAGGUCUCCAUUGUAUACACGUACUUACCCGAAAUUGGGAUCGAUCGGAGGGGGUCGGGGGCGAUACAGCAAAGUGGUAAAAAAAAUCCGUGAAUGAAAGGCCAAUAAUGGCCGCGAUCACGAAUUAUUUACAGUGCCGAUUCUCAUCGGCAGUCUCUCCGAGUUUCAUUCGAAAGCCGAUAAUCUCAAAUGUUUUCGUCGCCUUUGUCCUCUGUGUUUCUACGUGCGAUUGCGAAGUUUCGAUAAACGUGCGCAAUCGUUGGAAUCGGCACGAUAUAUGUACGCACGUAACCACUCAAAUGCGUAAUAAACGUUUCGAAAUGAGAUUCGCGAAGAUCGAUCGGAUACGUGCUUUUCAAUCCAGACGCGUGAUUUCACGUCUUAUCGAUAUAUAACAUAUAUAUAUAUAUACACGCGUACGGUGAUAUAAGUAAUUCCGGUUAAAUACGUCGUUCGAACGAUUUUUCGUUUUAUCCGGAAAGGGAGGAGGAGGGACCGGUCGAAUUUUGAGCAAACUAUUCCUUUUAUUAUAUGCGUCGCGUGAUGAAACCGUGUUUUGUAGAUACGUGUAUCCAUAAGCUGUACCACGUGUGUAUAUAUGUAUAUAAUUAUUAUAUAUGCAUAUAUAUACAUACGUGUAUAUUUGCGCAAGCAACGACACGCACACACGCACAUGUAUGUAUGUAUUGUAUGUAUGUAUACUCGUGUUGAAUAUUUAUUAAUAUUUAAUGAAGACGAAGGAAACUUUUUUUUCUUUCUUUUGCUUACUUUUGCGUCCAAAUUUAUACCAGAGACAUUUGUACUUUUUUUAACACACACAUAUAUAUAUAUAUAUAUAUAAAAAUAUAUAUCUCGAUAUCAUCGAAAAUUUAAAUCUAACGUAACUUUGUGCGGUUUUUUGGUCUUUUUAAUAAAAAGUGCCAAAUGUUGUUAGCCCAAUUGUUGUAAGAACUCGCGUGAGUUCCUCAUUUAAAAUCGAAGGAAAAAUUGGAAACGACAGAAACGCCGCGCUAAUGUUUGAAUAUUAUUAUAUACAGGAUACUAGUUCCUAACAUUUGUACAAUUUCCCUUAGUUACCUCUUUUUUUUUUUUAAACGGUAGAUAAUUCGUUACUUAAAAUUAGAGACUACUUAAACUCGCCCCUUCCGAGGCAAAGGGCUACGAAACGUGACAAAUAGUAAGUUUUACCAACAGUAAGUAAAUAAGUAAGUAAGAAAUAAAGCCGCAACAUGCCGUUUGACAAAGAUUCUUUGUAUACAUAUACGCGUUAUGUACUUAAAUCGUAUGUCUAAUGCAUUCUUAUUGAAUUUUCUUUAACUUUUAAUACGUACGAUAUUGUACACAAAAGUGUUACCGACAAUUCGAGGAAUUUCACGAAAUAAAUCUUAACUCUAGUC